AUGGAGACAGAAAAAUCGGACUUUCUGUGUCCUGGUAUCAUCAUGAUUUGGUUCGCUGUGCUUCUAUCGGUGCUCUGUGCCGCUGAAAGUUGUCCUACUAUUAUAAGCCGGGAAGAAUGGGGAGCCCGGAACCACACCCACGAAUGCAAGAGGAUGUGUCUUCCAGUAUCGAACGUCAUCAUCCACCACACAGGUGGGGACUUCUGUAACUCCACAGAAACAUGCAAAGCCGAAGUCAGGAAGAUACAGAAUUAUCACAUGGAUAACCAGACAUGGUGUGACAUCAGAUACAACUUCCUCAUUGGUGAGGACGGCGCUGUGUAUGUAGGUCGGAGCUGGACGACUGUUGGUGCUCACGCUACAAACUAUAACCACAUCUCCAUUGGUAUCAGCUUCAUAGGAAACUUCACUGAUCGCGCUCCCAACGAUGCAGCCCUGAAUGCUACCACAGAACUUAUCGCUUUUGGGGUGGACAACAUCUUAAUCAGCAGCAACUAUAUCCUGUGGGGACACCGAGAUGUGUCGAACACAGCCUGUCCCGGAGAUAGCCUCUACGACGUCAUUAAAGGAUGGCCGCGCUUUAGAGCUUGA